UCACCCUAUCAGUACCUCACUGAUUCUCUCUCUCUCUUUUCUGUUUGUUUCUAGGGAAAAUUUAGAAGAAAAAGAAUAUGGGUGUGGUGAGUGUUUCUACUUGCAUUGCUUCUCUAAUCAUCUCACUAAUGUGGGUGGCUGAAGCAAGAAUCCCAGGAGUUUACACUGGUGGUGCAUGGCAAGGCGCUCAUGCCACCUUCUACGGUGGCUCCGACGCCUCCGGAACCAUGGGUGGGGCUUGUGGAUACGGAAAUUUAUACAGCCAAGGGUACGGAGUUAACACGGCGGCACUGAGCACAGCGCUGUUCAACAAUGGCCUCAGCUGCGGAGCCUGCUUUGAGCUCAAGUGUGCAGACGACCCCAGCUGGUGCCACGCCGGAGGUCCAUCUAUUUUCAUCACUGCCACUAACUUUUGCCCUCCCAAUUUUGCCCAACCAAGCGACAACGGCGGAUGGUGCAACCCUCCUAGGCCCCACUUCGACCUCGCCAUGCCCAUGUUCCUCAAGAUUGCCGAGUACAGAGCUGGGAUCGUCCCUGUUUCCUACCGCAGGGUGCCAUGCCGGAAGCGCGGAGGGAUCAGGUUCACAAUCAACGGCUUCCGUUACUUCAACCUGGUUCUGAUCAGCAACGUGGCGGGCGCAGGGGAUAUCGUGCGGGUGAGCGUGAAAGGCGCCAGGACCGACUGGAUGAGCAUGAGCCGCAACUGGGGUCAAAACUGGCAGUCGAACUCCGUUCUGGUUGGUCAGUCACUUUCCUUCAGGGUCACCGGCAGUGACCGGCGCACUUCCACCUCGUGGAACAUCGUCCCCGCACACUGGCAGUUCGGUCAAACAUUUACCGGAAAGAACUUCAGAGUCUGACGGACGACCAUCCAAAAGUCAACAUAUUUAUGAUUUUCCCGCCAUAUUUAUGUAUUUCCAAUUGUACCCUUUCUUGGCGCCAUUUUAGUUGCUUUUACAAGAUGCUGUUUUUGAUGGGCCGUUGGAGAACGUGAAAGUGUUUCAGGUGCAAGUUUUGACUUAUUGAUUGGUGGAAUUUGCUGUGACUUAUGUGAGGGGGUAUGAUGAGUAGUGGGUGGGUAUAACAAUGUAACAAGUGUAAGGGUAAUUUGGGAAUUAAAUUAAAAAGCCCUAUGUGGGCAAAUUGUAGGA